AGUUACUGGAGCGAAUAUAUGAUGAGGGAAUAUUGUAGUAAUUGACUGUAUGUUUUACACACAUGGAGGCAGUAGGCUCAUUUCUCUAUAAUACUGGAAUUCAGUCUAUGUUUACAUAUUAACACUAAUGGUUUGAAAUACUUUUGCUAUCAACUAAAUAUCAGAGUGAAGCAGUUAUAAAAUAGGGAAUAUCAUACGAACAGGUUUCUCCAUCAGAUCAAAUCUAAGAUAUUGAAGAUGGAGGGAUUGUUGAGAUAUAUUGGAUUUGUCGUACUAUUCAUGGAAAUCGAGAGGAGCCUGGCCACAUAUCUUUACAGGAUAUCUCCCGGUAUCAGAUUUAUGCAGUCACCAGCAGGACUUUACGGUGGUGAAAUCAAUAUGGCUGACAAUGGCAAUGCUACAAAUUUGUACGCAAGUGGAUACAAUAGAGCAAAAUACGCAAGCACACAUAUGACAGGUAUAAGUCUAAAAACAGUAUCAUAUGACCCGAUAUCCAAAGAGGUCCUUUUACAUUUCAAUGAAGUAUCUACCACAAGACUCUACCUCGGUAAGGGGCCACUUUGCCGAGGCCUCAAGGAAUAUCCAGAGAUGUUAUUUGCUGCACGAUAUCUAACGGCAGAAACACCAACCUUUGAUAAUCGUGAUUUUUUCUUUUCCUUCGAUGCUGGGUUCUGUGGGAUUGCAUAUCACAAUUCAAAGAUUUACUUCAUGUUGCUUGGCACAUAUGGAAAUUAUCGAGACUUUGAGAAUUAUGUUGUUCGGUUAGAACUAAGGGUUCUCGAAGGAUGUGAAGAUUCAUGGAACAAAUCAACGAGUUGGGAGUUUAAUAUACUCAAAUGCUCCCGACUUAUCGCCAAUGUCACUGAGGAUUACAAAAGUAGGGGAAACUGGAGAAAGAGACUUUUUCGAGUGAAAGGAGGUGAGUUGAAACUCCACAUUGACCCAGAGACCAAUAAAAAGGUGUUUUUCUAUCAGAUUUUUAACCGGACUCUCGGGGAAAAUGAAGAUGAAGUAAAAACUACAAUUGAUUUAUUACAAAUUACUGAAGAUGGGAGUGUUACAUUGCUUCAUCGUGAGGCGAUACUGAACGAAGACAAUAGUCACACAGUAGGUAUUGAUUAUAAAGAUGGAACUCUAUGCUGGUCAACAACUGUAUCAGUUAUCUGCGCCAUCUUGGAAAAUGGCCGCCUUAGCAACCACCACACUAUUCUCAAAGAUGGGGAGGCUGAGAGUAUCUGCAGCUUUUUGAGUGGGCCCAGUAAAACUGUUACAGGUGUAGCAAUUGCUGAUGUCACUCAAGAUAAACUUGAUGUUUAUUUUGGGUGUAAAGCUGGUAUAGGUGGUCUAGGUGGCUUGGGACUGAUUAAAUAUGAUAAAACAAAAGACAGCGGUGCAGCUAAUGUCAAAUCCAUCGUCAGAGUAACUAGUAGUAAUGCAUCUGUAUUAGGAGGACCAUUGUUCCUUACAGAGGAUAAACCCAUUAACUGUCAGCCGGGAAAGUAUGACCUCAUCUCAACAACACCUAGUAACACAUAUACAAACACGGCUAAUAGCUUAACACUUACAACAUACGGAUUACUUAUUUCAUUGAUUCUUUGGGUCUAUUUGUACAUAGUAGUCUAAUUACAAAUGACAGGUUAUCUAACAAGCUCAGACAGAAUAUUGGGCAAAGUCAUUUAAUUGCAUGUUAAUCAAAAGCAAAUGUAACCUGAAUAUAAAACAGUCAAUAUCAUUUACACAUUCACUGGCGGAUCCAGUAGGUAACAAGGGUCGAACUUUCAAGUCUGAAGUGCGGAGCCCCUAACACAUAAAAAUUGUGCUCAAAUUUUGAAAUUUAAAGGCCUAUUUUUUGAUAAUUUGGCCUGAAAUUAGAAAAUAUGGCCAAAAAGGCCAGGUAAUACCCAAAAAGGUCUACUAAUUGGGGCCCUACAAAAUCUUUGGGCCCAAAAUCUUUUACUGGG